AUGACUUCAGUCGGUGUACCAAUCAAGAUCUUGCACGAAGCAGAAGGACAUGUGGUGACCCUUGAAACAGUAACUGGCGAAGUAUACCGUGGUAAAUUGCUUGAGGCAGAGGAUAACAUGAACUGUCAAAUGGCUGAAGUGUGUGUUACUUUCCGAGAUGGGCGAACACAUCAGCUGGAUAAUGUUUUUGUUAGAGGAAAUAAGAUUCGGUUCAUGAUCCUACCAGAUAUGCUUAAAAACGCUCCUAUGUUCAAGAAUAUUGGUCGUGCACAAAAGGGAGCCAUUGGUAUGGGUAUGGGAGGAGAUCCCAGAGGAGGUCGCGGUGGUCGAGGAACGUCGUUCCGAGCGAGAGGUGCAGCAAUGGCCCGUGGUGGAGUACGCGGAGCAGUCCGUGGAGGUCCUGGCGGCUUCCGAGGGAAUAGGAUCGGAGAUUUUGAAACGAGAUUAGUUAUUGCUGUUGCUGAUGAAUACCAUACGGUAAUGUCAGCGUUCAACAUCAAACGACAUCAAUUCUUGACUUAUCAAGCGGCCGCACUCUACGCCAUCGUUUUUAUUUUUGUGUUCGUCAAACUCGGCAGUGUUGAGGCGGAGCUUGAAGAGAAUUCUGCGUACGAUCUGGCAACUCACUGCUACCACAAGUACUGGAAGUACUUCAACCUUGAGAAUUUUCUCGAUUUACUGCCGUUCAUAGCAGAACGAUGUGCACCAUCACCUAGCGUUAUGGACGUCUAUCGUUUUGGUGACGAAGAUGAUUGGCGGUACAGUAUGAUUCCAAAGGCAGCUCCGCCACAAAAGAAAUGCUAUGCAUUCGUAUUCGUCGGCUUCUCACAUGGACUUGCAGUUGAACUCCAGAUUAAACGGAGCCUACUCUUUAAUUGUGACAUGAUGGGCGUUCAUCCAGCUGCCAGCGACACUGCACACGACUUCGCACUUAAUAUCGGAGAAUUUGAACAAGCACGAGUGCAGUCCUGGAAUGGUAUGAGCUCUAGGAGUCUCGCCACCAUAGUGGCUAACAACGUGGAUUAUGCGCGAAACAGCCAACAUAUAAUUGCCGAACAUGUGUUUGUCACGGAAAUCGACGAUAUUUAUGAGCUUCUUCCACGAAUGCUCGAAGAAGUUGGCUAUUCAAGAUAUAUCGUUUCUUGUCAGCUUACGAUCGACAUUCCUCGCCCGGAUGCUCGACAAAUUCAGUUGUUUAUUUCUUUCAUUCAGCAGAUUAUCACUGAGGAACAUUACACUAUUUUGUCUGUCCUUGAUAUACGGAAUGUUAUGAGGAUACAUAUGUUUAACCAUCACCACAACGUUUGCAUCAAGCGAUAUGGAAGCUGGUUACGGUUUACUUUCGAUCAUGUGUCACAAGUCUCCGAAGCGGGCGAAUUUUCCUGCAGGGUACAUUCUGGUUAUCAAAAUCGAGCGCAACUUUGGCUUAGUUUUCAUGCGGUUGUGAACGAAUGUACAACAAGGAAACAUUUGGUUCUUCAUCGAUAUCACAACAAGAAAUUUGACAUCGAUCAUGUCAAAACUGCUAUCCAUGCUGGAAACUGUACGAUCGCAUUCUAUGGGUUGAGUGAAUCGCUGUCGGCUGAGUUGUCGUUAUGUCAAGAAGAACAAAACUGUCAGCUAUAUGGGAUAGAUUCCAAUAAAAAUCAAGAAAUCGACUUUAAAAAGAUAGGCAAAUUUUUUGAAGCUAAGUCGAAUGAUGUAGAUAUGGCAGAUAAGACACACACGUCUGAAAGAAGAAAAAGAGAAGAAAUUAUUCUGAAUGAUGAAAGGUCAGGAUUCAGAAAGGUGCCAAACUCCAUCGAAGAAGAUGAAAAGUUCACAAAGAAGCACAAUAAAGAAGAGAAUUUGGACCGGAUUAGGGAUUCUAAGAAGAAUCUCAAAACAAUAACAGAUUUGAGACGGCAUAAAGAGGUGUCAGAGUUGAAGGCUAGUGUUGGUCUGGAUGUCCCUCAUUCACGGCAAAACGAUAAGGAAGUCCAUAGAGAUGCUGCUCAUCCUUCUGUUAUUUCAUUACAGAAACACAAUGAGCCGCCACAAAAUAUGGACAAGAAAGGAAAGCACAUCAAUAAUGUAACCGUUAUUUGGGAUGAUCAGUCUGAUGAGCAAAAUGGAAAGAAAAAAGAUCGGAAACUAGCAAAAGAAGUCGGGGAGACAAAAGAAGUAGAACAAUCGUCAAAUGUGGAGGACAAAGUUGACAAAAGAGCCGACUAUCUCAAGAAGUAUAACGCAGGUCCCAACAGCGCCGAAGAGAAAGCAGAAAAGAAAGAAGAUGCGAAGGAUUCAGAACAAACUUUGGAAAAGAAACGAGAAAAAGGACCAGAAGAAAGAAAAGAAACAACAGUAACUGGUGAUGAAAAAUCGGAAGAUCUCACAAAUAAUAACCCAGGGAACCGUGCAGAAUCAAAAAAUGUAAUGGGCAAAGUUGACAAAAGAGCCGACUACCUCAUCAAAUACAACAGGGGUCCCAGUAGUGAUGAAAUUAUAUUGGACAGGAAAAAAGAAUUAAAAAAGGCUGAACAAUUACUGGAGCAAAAACGUGAACGAGCAUCGAAAAAAAUAGAAGAAACUAUGGAAAUGACUAGUACUCCAACAGAAGAUUUCGCCACCAAAAAGCCAGGGAACUCCGUGCCCACUAAAUCUCUCGACAAAGAUCAUCAAAAAUCCGCAAACGGUUCGGACGCAUUAGAGUCUACGACUAUCUCGUUUGACAAGGAAACAUUUGGAGUUAACAAUGAUGAUGAUAAAAUGAUUGAAGAUGAUCAAGAUUACGUGAUGCAAACGACAUUAUCUACAGAUGUACACGAGAUACCGAAGGAAAUCUUGAGCGUUGAUCUGGAGACGUUCAUUCUUAAGAACGUACGGAAACGGCUGAUUUACCAACUAUCGAUUAACGUCGCUAAUGGAUUCUACAUUCUAGAAGAAUUAGCCAAGAAAGUGCUGAAAAGUAUUGAUAUCUGUCAGAUUAAUAUCAUCUUAUUGAGGCCGUCAAAUAAAAAUUUGGAACAGUUCGCCUUAUUUCACAAACACAUUAUGGAAAAUACUGGUUUGCUACCGUUAAUUGCGGAAGAAAAGAAUGAGAACAUAAGGAUUUACCUCCUCAACACUUCUUCGUGGAAAUGCCUCGAGCUGUACUCUUACAAUGGUGUUAAGCCUAAAAGUUGA